CUGCUGCUUCCUCUUUGCCUGGGAGUGUUAGCUCUAUGUUACUUUCUCCUCUCUCGAUGAAUUCAUUCUUAGCUUCCUAGUUUCUCUUCGUUUCUAUUCUAAACCUGGGAAUUGAAUCAGUGAGCUCCUAAGGAAGAAGACAAGAAUGAUGCAGACGUGUUGUCUCCAUCAUCAGUCUUUGAGUUCCCCCCCUCAUAGAACUCUUCCAAGGUGUGAUGCUUCUGCCAUCGGUAUUAAACCCCCAAGAGUUUGUAAACUUGGUUUCACUGGAAAAAACCAUCCUUUGGGGAUUUCGAACCUUACACGGGGAAGGAGAUUAUAUGUGAAUUUGAAUGCUAAUGACGCGCACCCAUCCAUGUCUAUGUUUGAAGAAGAAACCUCCCCUGAAAACACCGCGCCGGUUUCUCCAGAAGCUGAGCUUCCCUUCAGCAAAUGGUCACCUUCUAAAUACAUUUGGAGAGGCUUAUCUGUUCCCAUCAUAGCAGGACAAGUCCUUCUCCGGAUACUGAAGGGUAAGAUCCACUGGAGAAACACUCUUCAGCAGCUGGAGAGAACCGGACCCAAGUCUCUAGGAGUUUGCCUCCUGACUUCUACGUUUGUUGGCAUGGCUUUCACUAUCCAGUUCGUUAGAGAGUUUACUAGACUAGGCCUCAACAGAUCCAUUGGAGGCGUCUUGGCUUUAGCCUUCUCUAGAGAGCUGAGUCCAGUCAUCACGUCGAUUGUUGUUGCUGGACGAAUGGGAAGCGCGUUUGCUGCUGAGCUAGGGACAAUGCAAGUCUCGGAGCAGACGGAUACGCUUCGUGUCUUAGGAGCAGACCCGAUUGAUUAUCUGAUAACACCGAGAGUCAUCGCUUCGUGUUUUGCUCUACCGUUUCUGACGCUCAUGUGUUUCACUGUUGGGAUGGCUUCGAGUGCUCUGCUCUCUGAUGCGGUUUAUGGGAUUAGUAUUAACAUUAUCAUGGACUCGGCUCAUCGAGCGCUUAGACCGUGGGACAUUGUGAGUGCCAUGAUUAAAUCUCAGGUGUUUGGAGCUAUUAUAUCGGUGAUUAGCUGUUCUUGGGGAGUGACUACUACUGGAGGUGCUAAAGGUGUUGGAGAAUCUACAACUUCUGCCGUUGUUAUGUCUCUUGUCGGAAUCUUUAUUGCGGAUUUUGUGCUUUCUUCCUUCUUCUUUCAAGGUGCCGGAGAUUCUUUAAAGAACUGUGUGUGACACACUCUUUUUCUGUCUUUCUGAUCUAGUUCGAACAUGUGUG